AACCAAUUGUUAGGUUCCUACAGUAAGUAGAGCAUUGUCGGAUGCAUUCCGAGGUGGAGCUGAGCUUACUUCCGUUUGUCAUUCAGCUAGAGAGCUGCUGGAUACAUGGUGUGUCGCUUGUCAGGAAGCUGCAUUUUGUGACGAGACAUCAUGACACUUUUUCACUUUGGGAACUGUUUUGCUCUGGCCUAUUUUCCGUACUUUAUAACCUACAAGUGCAGCGGCCUCUCGGAGUACAAUGCCUUCUGGAGAUGUGUCCAAGCUGGAGCAAUGUACCUGUUUGUCCAACUUUGUAAGAUGCUGUUUCUAGCCACAUUUUUUCCCACGUGGGAGGGAGGAGUAGGAGCGUAUGACUUUGUAGGGGAAUUCAUGAAAGCCACAGUGGACCUGGCAGACCUUUUAGGCCUCCAUCUCGUUAUGUCUCGCAACGCUGGCAAAGGAGAAUACAAGAUCAUGGUGGCUGCCAUGGGCUGGGCAACAGCAGAGCUCGUGAUGUCGAGGUGUCUUCCCCUGUGGGUCGGAGCCAGAGGGAUUGAGUUUGAUUGGAAAUACAUCCAGAUGAGCUUUGACUCAAACAUUAGUUUGGUACAUUACAUUGCUACGGCAUCAGUGGUAUGGAUGUUUACACGAUACGACCUUCCAAAGAGCUUCAGGCUGCCUGUGACUGUGCUGCUGGCUCUCUGUGUCUAUAAGGCCUUCUUAAUGGAGUAAGUCUUGGAUGUUUCAUAUUUCAUGUUACCAUUCUUAUAUUAUAUAGGCUUACACAAUAUAAGAAUUAUUGUAUUUUUACCACAUUAAAGUCAUUUUUUACCUACAAUAAUAUAUUUAACAUUUAUCUGCCCUGUGUGGGUGUAGCAAGCAUAUUACUGUAUGUACAGUAAUAUGUUGUAUCCUGGACUAACAUUGUUAUGAAGAUGUAGGAACAACACCGACAGAAGGAUAUCAGAUCACACUUGCAACAAUUUGAGUAACUUGAAUAACUCGAAUACAAAAAAAUCCCUGAUGCAAAUUUUUUGCUUCGGUACUUCAUUUAAUGCAACAGAGAUUGUCUGGGGUACCUGGAUGUCCAUCAUGUGCAUGCACAGAGGUACCAACGGACUGUUUCUGUUGGUACCUCUGUGCAUGCAGGUACUUCAAAGUUACAUGUGCAACCUGGGUGCAGGGGAAGAGCAGCAGUCGUCUCCUUUUCAUUGUUUCACCUUUAAGCGCAUACUGUGUAUGUUGUUACCAUUAGCUAGCUGCAGUGCUUACCACCUGUGCCAGUAGCCUCGACCCUUCAGUUGGAGCUCAUUUUUUCUCUCCCAGAGGCUUCAUAGAUCACAACUCUCUGCACUCUGUUACUCAGAGUCGUGACAAAAUGACAGGAGACGCAGUUGGGUGCAGUGACUGUCCAGGUGUUUCACAUUGCCUGCAGCAGUUAUCCAGAAUGCAUAGAACCCUAGUUAUAUUUGUAACUCUGAUUUUACAUCAAAGCCAAACGUCCAACUUAGGUGGGAGUGCAUUAGUCCACCAGUGAUGCUCCAACAAUAUAAAUCUAGGAGGUGUAGGAUUCAUGAAAGGCAUCAGCACAAAGCCUGUAAUAUUUAUCAAUUUUAAAAAUUAUUACAAAUAAUGUUCGUAAAAUCAUAAAAUAAAAAGUCUGUAAAAAAUACCUGAAAUAGCUUUUAGGAAAAAAUAUUUUUGACUCGAUAAACUGUUGCUUUAUUGUUUGAAAUUAGUUUUUGGGAUUUAACUGCUGUUGAGUUCAUGGGAUUCAUAUACCGUACUUUCUGGACCAUAAGCCGCUACUUUUUCCCUAGGUUUUGAGCCAUGAGGCUUAUACAAAGGUGCGGCUAUUCUGUGGAUUUUUCUUCCACCACUAGGGGGACUCUAACCAGAAUUAGAAUAAAAAACAAGAUAGAUGAAAAAUCAAUGCAAAGAAGAAUACACUACUUUUUCUUUAGCAGAUAGAACACGCACAACAAAUUACCAACUGGUAAUUAUUUUCAAAUCCUCGCCCC